AUGGAGCUCUACACUCGUCUCUCCCCAACCAGUGUUGUAGCCUUCAUUGAUUUGAAAAGUGCAUUUGAUGUUGCAAAUAGAGACAUUAUUUUAGACCAGCUUAUUGAUUUUGGAAUCAAGGGAAACCUUUUGAGGUGGAUACGUGGAUAUCUUCGAAAUAGAGUCUCUCGUGUGCUGUUUAAGGGAGCAUUGAGCACUGCAAAGGAACUUGAACUUGACGAUAUUUGCAUUCAUUCAACCCCCCUGGAUCACUUGCAACGCUUUCUUUCUUCCUUCUACGAAUCAGCAUCCUCCUGUGGUCUUAUCAUCUCCCCAGGAAAAAGUAGAAUCUUCUCCCCAAGGCCAGCAAGGAAUCUACCAGAAUUUAUUGUGGGGAACAAUGUUGUACCUUUAUGCACACAGUAUAUUUAUUUGGGAGCAGCGCCAGUGCGAAUUACACCAUCCAUUCCAGCAAGACACAGAGUACAUCCCAUUGUUCAAGAUCUGCUGGCCCGGUUACAGCGACGCCUGACUCCUCUCAAGUGGCUUACUAAUUAUUCUGCAGGAGUAUCUAUCCCAGUUGCCAGAAACAUAUAUAUUGCUUUCAUCCGCUCAGUGAUAGAUUAUCUUUCCCCUGCACUAUGUCAACUCUCCAGAUCAACUCUACAGCCGCUUGAAAAAUUCCAGAACCAAGCAAUGAGAUUUAUUUUAGGUUGUCCAGCAUCCACUAGAAUUGUAAACAUGCAACACGAACUCCAUCUCCCUCCACUCGUUGAGCGAAUAUACUCCAAUGUCACCUACUUCAGUAUCAAAUGCCUGUAUUACCCUCACCUGUCUCCUCACUAUUCGAACAUCAUCAGAACUUCUCUGGAUCUAGAUGCACCUCGUCCACAACUACGCCAGGGGGGACGUACACUAGUUAGUACUGUCUGUUCAAGCAUUCGGGGGCUUGACAUCAACAUCGUGGCAGAGAACGUGGAUCAUGGCCUUGCACCCUGGCAGACUCCUGUUCCAGCAAUCUCUUACACUCCAGUCUCUAAGACUGACUUGCCUCAACUUCAACUACAAUGUGCAUUGGAGACCAUCGACAGACUAUCCUCAUCCCUCAGUGUAGCCCAUCACCUCUACACAGACGGCUCCCUACAGCAGGAUGGCAGUGCUGGAUGUGCUGUUUUCUCCCCCACUUUGGAACCCCUGCCAGAGGGCUGGACAGGCCGUCGCCUCCCAAAGUCAUCAAGCUCCACAUAUUGUGAACUACAUGGACUUCUAGAUGCAGUUAUUUUAAUCACACGGACCAGAAACAACGGCUUGAUCAUCUGCGACUCGCAACCAGCACUCCAAGCCCUUUCAUCACAUAAGCCAGCAUACCAGCACCUGGUUACACAAAUACAUAGGCAACUAGACAUGGCCAACAUGAGCUCACUGGUAGUGCACUUCCUAUGGAUUCCCUCUCACGUGGGUCUUCUGGCUAACACCGUUGACCAUCUCGCAAAGGCUGCCUGUCAGCUGGAUCCUCCAGAUGCUGAUGCUCCCAGUCCAUCUCUCCUGUGCUGCAGAAAAAUGGUGCGCCAAGCUGCUCGCUCACCUACUCAUCAUCGUAGUAAUGCCGAGAGAGCCACCAGUGUAUCAAUACAGCAUUAUGAUCACUUCUUUCCUCACCAACACAAGUAUCGCCGCAGUGGACUCAUGGUUCGUCAAAAUAACGUUGUUUGUGCGCGUCUUCGGUUGGGUUAGCGACCAGUUUGGCAGGUGGCUGAGCAAGAUGGAGUUCCUCACUUCUCCUCCUGUAGGUUAUGUGACGCACC